AUGGCACGGGGCUCGGUGUCUCUGUGGUUCCUGGUCUUCGUCCUCUUGGAUGCCGCCGACUGGAGCGCUCUCAGUGGAGCCCGGGCGCAGGAACUCCAACAGCAGAUGAAGAGAGGCCUGACGGACGACUUCCCCGAAGAGCCUUCAGCUAGGCAGUCUCAUCUCAAGAGAGGCCUGAAACGGUAUCAAAACGGACCAGGUUCCCUGGAAGACUCAAAGAGCAAUCCAUUACGAGCCCAGAAAGCUAUUCAACAGACAGGCUUGAAAAGAAAAGCUUUCAUGCAAGGCCUUGGCCGCAAGACCGUGUCAGUUCACAAAGGCUUGAAAAAAAAUGCUUUAAAGAAAAGUUUUAUAAACAAGACCAUACCAGCUGGAAAUGUGCAGCAAAAGGCUGCACCAGCUCUCCAAAGAGGUCUGGAAGACUGGCAGGGUAAGUCCUUACCAGUUCUAGAAGCUUCCCAAAAAGCCGCAUCUGCUCAAAAACCAGGAUUGAAUAGAGCUGUCUUGAAAACCCUUGGCAGAAAGACUGUAUUUGUUCGAAAAGGACAACAAGGAGUUGCGCCACCGCUUGAAGGAGGCUUGAAGGGAAGCGUUGUGCCACGUCAGAGCCUGAAGAGCAAACUUCCAACUUCAAAAUCUUUCGUUGAUGCCAAGUCAGCUCAAAAAGCAGGUUUGAAAGCAACUCUUUCUAACAAAAGUUUUGACAAAAAAACCGUGGCAUCUCAAGAGAUGCGUCAAGCUGCUGAAGCACUUCAGAGAGGUGCGGAAAAGAAACCUGCACCCAGUCAAGACCAAUAUGCAAAGUCUAUAUUGGUCCCAAAGCCAGUCACAGGAGUGAAGCGGCAGGUGGGAAUCAAAAAGGCUUCUGCCCAAGCUCUUAACAGCAAACCUGUUUCCGCUCCAGGGCAACGAAUAGCCACACCAGACCUUAAAGCACAAAGGAAAACAAAGUCCUACCCAAAUCAAGUUUCAGGCGAGAACCCCCUCAUUUCAAAUGCACAGCAAAGUGUUCAGCCUGUCCAGCAAGCAGGCUUGAAAGGAAGAAGUUCCCCUAACCAAACCUUUAACAGAAAGUCAGCUCCACUUCCACAAGCACAAGGGAGCAUCACUCGUGACCAGAAGGCUGGAUUGAAAGGAAGAGCGGCCCCUAACCAGGAACUUGGAAGGUCGGUAUCAGUUCCAGAACAGCAGAAGGGUGUCAAACCCGCACAAGAAACCAAUGUCAAACGCAACUCGGCUCUAAAGCAGGUGCUCACCACAACUGCACCAGCAGCAAAAGUCCAACGAAGAGCAAAGCAAGCUAAGCAGUUGGGUCAGUUCCCGACACACAUCAGCAAUCACCAAGGAAAGACAGGCUCAAAUAGAGUACCUUACAGGGCUGUGAAGACUCGGCAAAUGGGAAAUUCAAUUCAGCAGGAAACACCCUCUUGGAAAGGCAAGACUGCAGGACAAGCAGGACUUCAAAUCAGUCCUGUUGGGGAAUAUCCUAAAGCACUCGUUCAUGAAAGCGUCCAGAAACAACAAGCUGCUUCCUCUUACAUCAACAGAAAUGUGAACGAGCUACAGAACUCUCAAUACAAAACAUCCCAUUUAGUAUCCAGCAAUGAACUUAAGAAAAGUGGCAACAAUGAAAAUCCUGGUCUGGACAUAGCUGCCCAACAAACACAAGGACACAAUGCAAAGUUGGUGCUGCUGCAGAAUAAAGAGACCAUAGUUCAUGGUAAAGCUUAUACAACAGAAUUGACAAAGCAACAGCCAAAGCAUCAUUUGCAGCAGCAACUUCAAGUUCCUGGUGGUUUCACUACAUCAGUUUUGCAAGGACGGCAACAAGCACAUAGUGGGCAAGCUGUACCAGCACUGUACCAAGAGGACCCACAUCCCCACCUGCAACAGCAGCUGUCUCAGCAUCAAGUUCAUAGUAGGCAAGCUGCGUCAACUCUAUUGCAAGAGCAUAGACAUCCUCAACAGCAAGUUCAUACCCAGCAAGAUUUCACAGCAUUGCAGCAAGUGCACAGCCAUCCUCAGCUGCAACAGCAUGCCCAGCACUAA